AUGGGAGAUAAAGAAGAUUAGUCGGGUUGCUUAUUCUUUGACCAGCCAAGAAGAUCUUCUGUAAAGAGCUGAAGGCAUGGCAAAGAGAUGGAUCCUGUUCCUCGGGACUGUUUUGAUGCUGUUGAGCGGCUGUUGUAAAGGGAGAACUCGUGGGAAGAAAUUUCUCACAGCAUUUCUGCUCAACCUCCGAGAAAGCCAGCCCAAUGCAAAAUUUGAGCUACUUAUCACUGCACAUCGUCCUGCAACCACAGUUACAGUGACUAUAAAUGAGCCUAACUUCCAAAAAAUAAUUUCCCUCAGUGAAGGACAUACAGUAUCAGUUCAGCUCCCAACCUCCACUGAGAUGCAAGGGACUGGUAUUUAUGAUAGUACAGUGCUAAUCCAAGCUAACAAAGAAAUCUCAGUCCUCUGUCAUAGCCACAAGGAUUACUCAACAGGUGCCACUGUCCUCUACCCAGACCACCAACUGGGCCAGUUGUACUAUGUGGUAACACCAGUGGAUGAUCUCCCACAUUCUUUCAAAGAGUUUGCCAUUAUAGCUGAUCAAGAUCCCACUCAAGUGAACAUCCAUCUAAAAGGACCAGUGACUUUCAAAAGGAAAGUUUACCCUGCUGGAAGCAAAUUGGUUAUAGAUCUCAAGGCCUUCCAAGUAAUCCAGUUGCAAAGCACAGAAGAUUUAUCAGGCACCCGGAUUGAAUCAACCAAACCUGUAGCUGUCUUGAGUGGACACAGCUGUGCUAAGAAGUUCACAAGCUGUGAUCAUGUUGUUGAGCAGCUCCUGCCAGUUCCCAACUGGGGAACCACCUUCAUUGUUCCUUCUCUGUCUUAUCAGAACAACUUUGAUGUGGCAUAUGUUGUUGCAUCCCAGAAUACUUUGAUUACAUAUCAAUCUGGAGUCAAAGAAAAAUCCCACAAUCUUGUAGCUGGGGAAGUUUUCCAGAUUGCCCUAACAAGUUCAGAGCCACUCUACAUUUCAGCUGAUGCUAAAAUCCAGGUCCUUUCCUUCUUUACCGGUGCUACUACGGGUAACAGAUCCUACACCCAACUCCUUCCUCUGGUUUCUGAAGCCCCAGAAGGGAGCAGUAUCUAUGAUCCAUUCCUCAUCAACAUUCCAUCUCUGGCAAGUUAUUGCAGACAAUAUCAUGUUUAUGAGAUGAAGCAGAAGGAUAAUUACAUAGUCAUCAUAGCCAAUACUUCAGAGUCAAGCCAGAUCAUAUUAGGAAAGAGGGCCAUUGAAAACGUCCACUGGAGACCAGUUCCUGGUACAGACUAUUCUUGGGCUGAACUUCUCUUGGGCUCAGAAGCAAAGGCCCUCUCUGUAGAGCACCCUACAAGUCCUUUUGGACUCUUAAUUGCUGGAGGCUCAUACCGGGAUGGCUAUGGUUCUGUGGCCCUUUGCUCCUGCAGAUUAUCAAGUUCUUCUUCCGAGAAGCCACAAGAAUUGCCACUGACUACACCUGUCAAAAAAACAAAAGAAUCAUUGCUGUAUCCUUAUGGGACGGACCAAGGAGAUGCAAAGAACCCCAAGGCAGAUGAUGGCUCAUCUCCAAAAAUCUCUACUGAUGUAUCUUUUCCCUUCUAUGGCAAGGAUUAUCACUAUCUCUACGUAGACAACAAUGGUGUGAUCUCCUUUGGUAUGACACUUCCAGAAUUUGCAUUUACUCCUGAUCCUUUACCCUUGAAGGAUGGACCACCCCUUAUUGCCCCAUUUUGGGGUGAUGUCUACACUCCUAUAAAGGGAGAAGUCUUCUGGAGGCAGACUUGGGACUUUAACCUCCUUAAACGUUGUACUGAAGACAUCAAUCAGUUCUUUCCUGAGAUCUCUUUCACAGCUGCCUGGGCCUUUAUUGCAACUUGGGACAAUGUGGCCUAUUAUGGGUCAAAAACAAAGAAGGUCAACACUUUCCAGGUUGUUUUGACCACUGAUGGAGAACUAUCCUUUGUCAUGUUCAACUAUGCGGAUAUUCAAUGGACCACAGGGACAGCCAGUGGUGGGAAUGCGAAGACGGGCCUUGGAGGAAUCCCAGCUCAGGCUGGAUUUGACAAUGGAGACAAAGUAAACUACUAUAUCAUGCCUGGAUCCCGCACUUCUGAUAUUAUCAAUAUUGCAGAAACGAGCAAUGUGAACAGCCCAGGUUUCUGGAUCUUUCAAGUGGAUCAAAUUGUGAGCGGCGUCAGCACAGACUGCUACUUUUGAAUCGUGCAACAGCUUCUCUCUCGCUCUGCAAAUCCCUCAGAUUCAUUUGUGUGCUGGGUAUAUUUGAGGCAGAAAGUUUCAACAUCUCAAAGUGAUUCAUCCCAACUUUUACUACAAAUAAAUCAAUCCUUAACAUAAUGGAA